AUGGCGCCAGUUACACACGUCGUUAUCUUCCAAUACAAAAGCGACACAUCCAUUGCUCAGAAAGAGGACAUUGCCAAAGCCUUUCUUGCUCUACAGCAAAACUGUCUUGCCCUAUCUGAUACUCCAGGCUUCGACUAUCCAGGAACGCCAUACAUUCAAAGCAUCAUUGCUGGCAGCAAUGACUCCCUGGAACCUCCCGCCGAUGGAUAUGAACACACUUAUAUAGUAACCUUCGCUUCUCCGAUCCAUCGCGAUUACUAUGUUGGACUGGACCCGAAAUUUGCGGAUCCAGCUCAUGCUGCAUUCAAGGAACUUGUUGGAUCUCUGCUUGAGAAAGUUGUGGUGACUGACUUUAGGAAUGGCGUGUGGGCUAAUAAGGGUCCUGGAGAGAAGUAA